AUGUCGGACUACGACCCAUUCGAUCGCAACAUGCGAAUUUGUGUUCAGCGCAACGGCGAAAUCGACGACGUUCGCUACUGCAAUCUCAUGCUUCCUCGCAGCGGCCCAGAGUCUCCCGGGCCUCAUUCCGAUAUCAAGGGAUUAAUGUCAUGGCCGCGUAUAUGCGGCGUCUUGACCGACGAAGAGAUUUCUCACACGAUGCAAACGGAUCCAUCGUGGACGUCUAAGCCACGUGGCUGUAGAUUGCGGAUAACCUUCACAGAUGAAGAAUCUGAUGAUGACUCUGAUGACCCCUCGAAUGUUGAAGAGAAUAAAGGACCUUGGGAAUCGCGGAAAAUGCCUGGCAAAAAUAGGAAGAGGGCGGACCUGACCUCCGUCGAUCCAUGCGUGUGCCUCGACUCCAACGGCGUCGGUACCUCAUUUAUGCUGAGCUUGGGGCUACUGAUUAAAACGGCAUCUCCGGGCAGGGUAACGCAGGUGGUUCUGGAAGAGAACACGAACAGGACUCCUGUGCAGGUGCCACCGACGUGGAACUGCGACAGCUUUAUCACAUUGGCUAAAGUCUUCAGCAUCAUUGCUAUUGCACUAGAGCGUGUAGAGUUCCUUGGCGUCCAUUUGGAGAUGGGAGAAGCGCUAGUAAAAGCGAGAUCAGAGAUUCAGGAUGAGCUCUUGAACAGUCUGGAGGCCGAGAUUAACGACAACAACAAACUGCAGAUUGCGGCACCCGUCCUUCCGUUUCUGCCACUUGAUAGGCUAUGCGGCGGUAGUCAGCCUCUAACGUUGGAUCGCCUGCAAGGGCUCGUCUCGAGGGUUGUACCAUACUAUGCCGUGGCCCCGAGGAGCGAGGUCCAUCGAGGGUCAUGCGGUUGUCUCCCACCCGGGGGACUAGCAGAAGCAGACAAAGGAGCGCGUAUGUCUGAGGUCAAGGUCACACCUCGGAGAUUUUACGACGCUCUGCGGAGCAGCGAGGCGCAUCUUAAAGAUAGGAUAGUGACCAGACCUGCGGAUGAGCCCGUAGAGAGCUAUAUAGCACUCUCAUACCCUUGGAAGUCGUACGACUCUGGAGACUUGGAAAAGAUCAUCGCGAAAGUUCACGAAGUAUUGAAGCAUCGAUACUACUGGGUCGACCGAUGGUGCAUAGACCAAGACAGCUAUGAGGACAAAGAAACCGAGGUGCCCAAGAUGAAGGACUACUACUCCAACGCCGAUCAUACACUGAUCCUUCCUGGCAUGCCAUUUCCCCUUGAGCUUGCACAGCUGAAAGCAGAGGGUCCUUAA